AUCGUUUCUCUGGGAAACUCAGUGUGAUUUCAAACCAUAUGAUUGGGUAGUACAGUUUGACAAGAACGACGUUCUCUGACCAAAAAUGGAAGCCAGUUCGAUUUCCGGUUUACAGUGUGUGUACUCAGCCUCUGAUGGGAAGGGCAAGAAUCUUGUUACAGUGAAUCACAAGAAUAUGCGGCAAGUCGCCAUGUCCUAAACAAGGAGAAAACCGARUACUAAUACGAAUUAGUAAAAAAUACUGACCGACGUAUAUGAUGACAUCAUUUUUUUCAUCAUCAUUGUUAACCGUCAAACCUGAACCUGUGCACAGAUAAAGAACCGUCAAACCUAAACCUGUGCACAGAUAAAGUUGGAAUUAUUUCCUUUUCAUGUACAAUGAAUAAUGGAGUUGAUUUGAUGCUUGAUUUAUGACGUCAUUCAUGCAAAACAAACCCAACAACAUGCUUAGCGAACUUAUUAUUAUUCCAUUGGUACUAUUUUGUACUAUAAAUGAAUGAAUGAAUGAAAUGCGCCUACUCUAGCAAAACAAAUAUGAAGCGGUAUGCGCUAUUUGAUUGCAUGUAUAAUGUCAAAUAGACAUCAGCUGCUCAGAAUUACUAUUAUUAUACUAUUAUAUAGCAAGACGUCGUCUUUAAGACUUCCUUGAGGCGAUGAGGGCUAUCAUAACUUUGUGGGUGACUAUUCAUUAUUCAUUAGAAUUCAACUUUAUUUGUCCAGGGUUUCAGCUUCUAAAAUUAACUACUCGAGAUUUUACAAAAAUAACUUACUGCAAUUAUCCGCCCUACAAUGAAACAAGAAAGGUCGAUAUUCUUUUAUAUUAGCCAGGAAAAUAGACAAUAAUAUGACAUUCAUGUCGCAAUAGGCAAACCUAUUAGCUUCUCAAUCUCAUUCUCAGUUGCAACUUGAGAAGUAAGAAGGAGACAAGAAUUUCUCGCUGUCAAAAAUGGCUUAAUUAAUUUUGAUUGAUUACUUGACUAUUUUCGUGUAAUUGCGACGCCGCCACUUUAAAAGGAGACAAAAUUCGCUGAAUUUUAGUCUCAAACAUGAAUGUCUCUUUGAAUGAAAGUUCGUUAUAUGGGCGAGGUGAAAUCCGAGUCAGCCAUAAAGUCGUCAAGACAUUGGCCUACUCUUUCCUAUUCGUUCUUUCCAUUUUGGGCAAUUCUUUUAUUGUAUGGGCAAUCUCCAAAGACAGUCGACUGAGAACAAACACUAAUUUUCUAGUAACCAACAUUGCAAUAAGUGACAUUUUGUUUGCUUUAGUGAAYUUUCCGCAGUCUAUAGUGGCAAUAAUCUUUGAUCGCCGAUGGAUGCUUGAUGGCAUUGGUGGACUUAUUCCAUGCAAGCUUAUUCCGUUCAUCUCUGAUGUUUCCAGCGCUGUUUCCUUAUAUAGUUGUGUUUUUAUUGCUAUCGACCGAUACUAUGCCGUGGCGUAUCCUCUCAGAGGAGGAUUUAGCAGAUCUCGAAUGAAGUAUAUCGUGCCAGGUAUAUGGAUCGCCUCUUCUGUCGUGAUAUCACCGUAUUUGUAUUACUUUAAGUUGAUCCAUGGCAUAUCUGUAGUCAGGUGCAUAUGGGAACCGCCAUACACAUACUUGAUGUCUGUUAUAGGGUACAGCUUUGGCAUAACAGCGCCAGUUAUAACUAUCAUGUACGUCAUGAUAGUGUACAAGCUAUGGACACACACAAUUCCAGGUGAACGAACUGAAUCUUUCAAAAGAAGAGAAAAGCAAAACAGGAACGUUUUCAAACUUUCCGUUGCAAUUGUUAUGCCUCUGUAUAUGACAGAGUUAGCUCUKGUUAUUGCUGUAUUUCUUAAGAUGUUUGGUAACCUAGCAAGCCUGUCUAGUGGAGAUGUGGAAGAUUUGAUGUUUGCCGUUGUUUAUUUGAAACACACGAGUGUCGCUUACAAUUUUUUUGUUUAUUUACGUUUCAAUGAAGUAUAUAGAGAGAAUUUCAGGAAGCUAAUGUCCCGGUGUUUCUGCAGUUGUUUCCAUUUUAAAGCAGCUCUCCCUCGAACGCAUUACAGUUUUGACAUGAAUAGUUUCGAYCAUCCUACGCCGUCUGUACAAACUUUAAACUUUUUAGACUUAUCCCAUUGAGAUGUCAKUACCAAAAGAGACUAUGAAGCUGUAAAUCACAACUGGUUGCCAGCGAGAAAUUCAGGAAAAAGACCUCUCCAUGCAAAGAAUACUUUCUAAGAAUUUUUGCCAGGAAAAUAAAAAAUUCCUAACUAAAAAAAAUAUCAGGCGUUUUUGACCACAAAAACGAYAUAUAAAAGUCAUUUUUGAACUUAAAAACGUUUGCCAGGAAAAAAAUUAUUUUAAAGAAGGUAGGGCGCCACAACAACGUAGCUCAAAAUCAUAGGAAAAAUGAAUUCGUACAAGAACAGCUAUUUAGAAGAACAGAACCCGUUGGCUGGCCUCCUGUUGUUUGGAAAACUGAGACUAAACAGAGCAAAURUUUACCUUAGACUAUCAGUUAUUAUUUCGCAUUAAUACUUUUAACGCAGCGCCCUCUUUAMAAGGUAACCAAGCCUUCGCAGACAGCAUUUAA